AUGGGUAAGACUCAAAAAAAAAAUAGUAAAGGUCGUUUAGAUAGAUACUAUUAUUUAGCCAAAGAGAAAGGUUAUCGUGCCCGUUCUUCUUUCAAGAUUAUUCAAAUCAAUGAGAAAUUUGGCCAUUUCUUAGAAAAAUCAAAAGUGGUUAUUGAUUUAUGUGCUGCGCCAGGUUCUUGGUGUCAAGUUGCAACAAAAUUAUGUCCUGUAAAUUCCUUAAUUAUUGGUGUAGACAUUGUUCCUAUGAAACCUAUGCCAAAUGUCAUUACUUUCCAAAGUGAUAUUACUACUGAGGAUUGUAGAUCUAAAUUAAGGGGUUAUAUGAAAACAUGGAAGGCAGAUACUGUCUUGCAUGAUGGUGCUCCUAAUGUGGGUUUAGGUUGGGUUCAAGAUGCUUUCACUCAAUCUCAACUGACUUUACAAGCUCUAAAAUUAGCCGUUGAAAAUUUGGUAGUUAAUGGUACUUUUGUGACUAAAGUUUUCAGGUCGAAGGAUUAUAAUAAAUUAAUUUGGGUGUUUCAACAAUUCUUUGACAAGGUAGAAGCCACAAAACCUCCAGCAUCAAGAAAUGUGUCUGCAGAAAUUUUUGUCGUGUGUAAAGGUUUUAAGGCUCCUAAAAAAAUUGACCCAAGAUUACUAGAUCCAAAGGAAGUCUUUGAAGAAUUACCAGAUGGUCCACAGAAUAUGCAGGCUAAAAUCUAUAAUCCCGAAAAGAAAACUAGAAAGAGAGAAGGUUAUGAAGAGGGUGAUAAUUUAUUAUAUCAUACUACUCCAAUCAUGGAUUUUAUUAAAACAGACGAUCCAAUUAAUAUGCUUGGUUACAUGAAUAAAUUUGAUAUAAUAAAUGAUGACCAUGAAUGGAAAAUUAUCAAAAAGAUGAAACAAACCAAUAAAGAAUUGUUAGCUUGUAUUGAAGAUUUGAAAGUCUUGGGUAAAAAAGAUUUUAAAAUGAUAUUAAGAUGGCGUAAAAAUGCUAGAGAUCUUUUAGGUUUAGAUAAAGAAGAAGAAAAGGAGGCAAUAAUGGAAACUCCUUUGACUGAAGAAGAGCAAAUUGAAAAAGAAUUACAAGAAUUACAGGAGAAAAAACGUCUACAAUUAAAACGUGAGAAGAGAAAGAAAAAUGAAAGCAAACAGAAGGAAAUAAUUAGAAUGCAGAUGAACAUGUUAACACCUAGAGAUAUUGGUAUUGAAGCUGCUAAUGUUGGUAAAGAUUCUUUAUUCAACUUAAAAUCCGCUGAGAAGACUGGUAUAUUAAAUGAAUUGGCUAAAGGUAAAAAGAGAAUGGUUUUCACCGAAGGUGAAUUAGCUAAUGAUAAUGAUAUUCAUAUAGAUGAUACAGAAGUCUAUGAAUAUGAUAAGUAUGUUGAAACUGAUAACUUAGAAGCUCAAUUAGAUUCCAUGUAUGAAAAUUACAAGGCUAGAAAAGCCGAAAGAAAUGCUAAUUACAGAGCUAAAAUGGCUCGUGGGGGUGACGAUGACGACGAAUGGACAGGCUUUACUGAUGAAACAAAGAAUGAGGACACAACUAAUGAACAACAAAACGAUUAUAUAAAUGAUGAUGACGAUACUGAAUUAUCUGAUUCAGAUGACGAUGAAGCAAUUAAUAAUUUAAUAAGUAGACUAAAGGGUAAGUCUGGUGACCAUAAAUUGAGUCAAAAGGCUCGUAUGCUUUUCAAUGAUCCUAUUUUUGAUGGUGUUACUGCAGACCUAGCCAUUCCAAGAGAAGAAGGUAUAUCCUCAGAAUCUGUUGGUGAUACAUCAAAGAUCAAUAUGAAGAGAACUUACGAUCAAAUGAAAGCUGAUAAUAAUUCUACGGUGACAAAUAACAAGAAUAGUGAUGAGGGUAAAUUAUCAGGUGAAAGCAAUGAUUCAUCUGACAAUUCUGAUUUUGAAAUUGUAGCUAAUGAAGACUCUGAUUAUGGAGAUAUUGACUCUGAUUAUGAGUCUGAAGAAGAAUUAAAAUUAUCAUCUAAAGCUAAACAUGCAAGAGACUUAGAUAUUGCUACUGCAGAGGCUAUGACUUUGGCACAUCAGCUAGCAUCUGGACAAAAGACUAAACACGAUUUAAUAGAUGAAGGUUUUAAUAGAUACACAUUCCGUGACACUGAAAAUUUACCUGCAUGGUUCAUUGAAGAUGAAAAACAACACUCUAAAAUUAAUAGACCAAUUACUAAAGAGGCUGUAUUGGCAUUAAAAGAAAAGAUGAAAGCAUUAAAUGCUCGUCCAAUUAAGAAAGUGGCCGAAGCUAAAGCCAGAAAGAAGAUGCGUGCAGUGGCUCGUUUAGAAAGAAUUAAAAAGAAAGCUGGUUUAAUUAACGAUGAUUCAGAUAAAUCUGAAAAGGAUAAGGCAGAUGAAAUUGCUAAAUUGAUGCGCAAAGUAUCCAAAAAGCAAAGGAACACGCAGAAAGUUACAUUGGUGUAUGCUACAGGUAAAUUCAAAGGUCUAUCUGGUAGGCCUAAAGGUGUUAAAGGCAAAUAUAAGAUGGUUGAUGGUGUGUUGAAGAAUGAACAAAGAGCAUUAAGACGUAUUGCUAAAAAACAUCACAAAAAGAAAAAAUAA